AAUGAUCGCUGUUUCCUUGGUAACAACAUUACGCUCACUAUUUACCAUACACGUCAAGGACUUGUUGAAGCAACAUGGACAUCCAGGAACGAACUGACCUGAACUGUGGAGACAGCAUCGUAGAAAUGGUUGACAUGGACGACGAAAACGUUGCUAUUUCCAGUUCCUCAGCCGCAGACGCCGCUUUUGAUGCUCUUAUUGGUUGCAUAGAGGACAUCAUCAUGGAGGAGGACUUCCAGCAGCUUCAGCAGAGUUUCAUGGAGAAACACUACCUGGAGUUUGAGGACUCUGACGAGAACAAGCUGAGCUACACACCCAUCUUCAAUGAAUAUGUUGACCUGCUGGAGAAACAACUGGAGCAGCAGCUGAGGGAGAGGAUCACUGGCUUCAACAUGACCACUUUCACAGAGCUGCUCAUGCAACACAAAGAGGAUGUGCCAGGUGACAUCUUUGACAUGCUGCUAACGUUCACUGACUUCAUGGCCUUUAAAGAGAUGUUUCUGGAAUACAGAGCGGAGAAGGAGGGCAGAGAUCUGAAUUUUCAUGGUCUGGUGGUCACACCUCUGAUCCCUGCAGGUUCCAAACCCCGUGGCGCCACUGAACUGCAGUGACACUUACAAAGUCAAACAUUUGAAUUGCCUCCUCCUCUGUAUGUUUCUCUAACAUGUUGUUCAUUGGCCUUCAGACACUUGUUAGCUUGUGGUCAGUGAUUUCUUAUUUUUUGUGUGUGUGUGUGAGUUUUGUACUCUAAAGGUGAGCUGCUGGUUACACUCCCCAUAAAUCUACAGUCUCAUGCCUAACAGCAAUUUCAUAUAUGCAUUCCUCUGUGUUUUAUGUGGUGAGUGGGAUGGUAUGUGUGUUUAAGAGGCUGUUUAUUGUGUAAGAGUAAAGGUGGAAGGGUUUGGCUUCUUUGUACUCCCCAACUGCUGCACUGGAAAUAAUAACUACUUGAAAAAUUCAGAUUUAUUUACCUGUAAUCUGCAGGUGGGGGCCUAAGCAUGAUGUAUAGAUCAUCUUAUUUACUUAAUAAGUUUGCCUGGUUGGGGAGAGGGAACCCAGUGCUUUUUCACGUCAUGCUACUGGUUUUUAUGUGGAAGGCUUCAACAAGUCCCCCUGUAAGCAGGGGACUCAACUUGAUGUGACUGAAUGUUUGACUCUGCUCUCUUUGCCUGAUAUGUCUUUUCAUAAGAAAAUAAUACAACAGAACUAGUGUGUUUAUAAAGUUUUAAUUUAUUCGGUCAGUUUGAAAACUCAUUGGAGUUUUGUGUGCCUGUGAAAGUGGUUUUUAAUGUAUUUAGUGACUGUGUGUAUGUGUGUGUGCAUGUGUGUGUGUCUGCAAUUAAUAUUCAGAUCUACAGUCUAGUUUUCAGUACCAUGUCAAAGUAUUUUCUACUUGUCUUAACAUGACAGCUGUAAUUGUAAAAGUAUAUUCAUGUCAGUGGUAAAAUUCUGAUGAUGUGAUAUUUGUUGGUAAAAGAAAUUUUUAAAUAAAGAGGUGAAAGCCUCACAUUAUAAUCA